AUGGCUGCAAUGGGGGACAACAACAUAAACGCCAAACUCGUAAGUCAGCCGUCGUCUCUCAGUGCCUCCCUGCGCGUCGAUCGAAUGUCUUUUUUUCUUCCCCUACGUCCAUGAUCCACAGUGAUCGUCAACUUAUAGUUUUUCAUUGUUUUGCGGGGAAAAUUUUUGCAGGUACUUCUGGGGGACAUGGGUGCUGGUAAGUCUAGCCUCGUUCUACGGCUCGUGAAGGGCCAAUUCCUCGAAUUCCAGGUCUUUUUAACCUCGCUGGAGUUGAUGAUUUCCAUUUCUCGCGCGGUCUCCUGCGUGUCGUGAUCAGGACGAGGUGUGAUAUGGUGGAGUGAUUAUUUUCUAAUUGCAGGAAUCUACAAUUGGAGCAGCGUUCUUCUCGCAGACAUUGGCGGUGAAUGACGCGACUGUGAAGUUUGAAAUUUGGGACACAGAUGGACAGGAGCGGUACCACAGCCUGGCACCCAUGUACUACAGGGGGGCGGCUGCCGCCAUCGUCGUUUACGACAUUACUAGCGUGGUUUGACUGCCUUCUGUUCCUGAACAUUCCUCAUAUUUGCACGAAUUUUUCUUUGUAUAAUCGCAUAUUCUUAUUUUCAGGAUUCAUUUACCCGAGCGAAGAAAUGGGUUGAAGAGCUUCGGAAACAGGGUUAGUUUGCUGAUAUCGAGUCUACUUAUGCGCACAUUGCUUAUAUAUUGGCCAGAUCCAGUGUGGACGUCAAAUAUUAUUUUGUCCAGUCUGUCUGUGUUUGCUGGUGCAGGUAAUCCGAAUUUGGUAAUAGCUCUUGCCGGAAACAAAGCUGACUUGGAAGACAAAAGGAAAGUGUCAGCAGAGGCAAGUUAAUUGAAUGAUUCCACGGCAUUUUCCAUUACCCUCUGAACACUAGAUAUGCAUGCGUAAAUGUUAACCUUGUUUGAUAUCACGAAACGAAGAUUAUGGUCGUUUCCAUGAGGUAUUAAUAGUUUUAAAAUGUUUAAAUUUUGAUGUAACGACAAAUUACUUCAUUAGUGAAACUUUACUAUGAUUGUACAAAGUUUUUCGUUAUCUUUUGAUAAUUUCUCUCCUUCAUCCUCGGUUUGAAGUUUUUACAUCUUCUUUUUCAUUUUCUCUCUGGUUACAUCCAUGUUUGUGUUCAUUUGUGUUCAUCUACCGUAACAAUCAUCUGUCUUCACUGACUUUAUUUUGGAACAGAGAUCUCUUGCAAUCAUUGUUUCUUACUGUACUAACUUAAGUUUUGCUCAACUAUUUUAUGGCCAUUUUUUUCUUAUAUCCUGUGUUGCACGCUGCUUGCCUCAAUAACAGUAGUUUUUUGCUGCAUUGCUGCGCUUCUGAGUUGCACAUUCUGUGUAAUCUGUAUCGGCUAUAUCCUCACGCAGCUAUUAGUUAUUGGAUAGAUGAAGCCUUUCUCCCGUGGUAGUGUAAUCGUUGCCUCUUAUAUGUAAAUUGAGUGUUACAUGCACAUCCGCGUUGUAAAAUAGGCCUUUUGAUACCUGAAAGAUGAUCCUAUUCUGAUGCGUUACUUUUUCUUCACAAGAUUGCUGACGUUGUAUAACGUCUGUCCCAUGGGUGGAGGUGUCGCCCAGGCCAGCUCAGGAACAGGAUGUACAAACCAUCUGGGGUUGAAAUGGUGGCUGGUGGGUUGAUGUUGUUCUGCACUCCGUUGGAUUUACCCAUCUUGCUUAUCAAUGUAAAAAAUGACUGUAACAUUCUCCAUUUUCACCAAAGAGACCCUUUUCCACGGUGACGAUGAAUCUCGUGCACGGAGCACUUUAUAAACUUCGCGAUUCAAUUUUUUUUUAAUAUUGAAUAUACUUGGAGAAAUGUUAUUUAGUGGAUAAUCGCACAACACUUGCAUCACGGCUGUCUGUGACUGAAGUAGGUGCGACUAGAGUGGGUUGGAGGUGCACAUACUUCAAUUAUUGUUUUUCGAUCAAGAUUAUAAGAUGUGGUUUUGACUUAUUGACCUUUCUCACUAUGGUUCCUUUAGGAGAGGACAUACACCUGAGGACAUAUUCUUGAAACGAUUUAUUUACUUUCUCUUCUCUCCAAGAUUGCCCUCUACCAAUGGAAGGAUUUAAUCCUCGUCUCUGUGUAAUUCUUUUGCUCUUCCUUCAGAAUCUUUGUAUCUGUUCUGAACUCAUUCCACUAUCUUCAUAGGAUGGACAAAUUUUUAUUUUCCUAUAUUUUCCCACCGUCUAUUGGACAUAAUAUUAUCCUUGGUGCUGCAGGAAGCGCGUGCAUAUGCAGAGGAGAAUGCUCUUUUCUUCAUUGAAACUUCUGCUAAAACUGCGAUCAAUGUGAAUGACACAUUUUAUGAGAUAGGUACCUUUCUGCUCUAUUUCUUCUUAUUCUGGUUGAUGGACACUCUACCGAUUAAGUUUCAAGUUCCUUUUUUCUUUGGAAUUUUAUUUUUGCCUCUACAGAUCUGUCUGAUCAUAUUCAGGUCCAUGCACAAUGAAUUAAGUUUCCAAUUUUAAUAAAUGGGUUAAGUAAAAUAUGCUAACUCUUAGUCUACUGCUCUUCUUUUCACUUGCCAGGGUAGCUUUUAAACAACUUUAAGCUGAACAAACAUUUCUUUCUCAAAAUAAUGUUUCAUGGGAAGAGAAAUGAUGGAAUAGUUGGCGAAACAGAAUGAUGUAAUUGUAUGUGCUCGAAGUCUCAAGUUAGCUUCAUUUGGACCCGAGUUACUACUUCUAAACAUAGAAAAUAGCCUCUCCUUUAUAGACCACUCUACAAGACUGCGAUACUAGUUAAAUGAUUAAAUUAACGCAGCAUUUUAAUGUCAUAUUCAUAGUAAAUUUGAACAUAGCGAUUCCGUAUUCAACAAUCUAAUGAAUUGUGUCGGUGAAUAGAAUUAUGAAUUCAACAGUAUCAUCAUACUUCUGCUAGGAUACUCAAGAGCUUCUUUGAAUGCUUUCUUUAGCGGCGUUCUUUACUUAUUCCCCUUCUACCUUAUGAUGUUACUUCCACUGUUAAAAAAUAAUAACAUUGCUUCAUUUAACUUCGUCAUGAUCAUACUCCUUUUCCUAUUGAUGGAUGGAUUAAGUACAAACAGAAUGAUUACCAGGGUCCCCAUCAAUCAGGAUUUUACUACAACAUCCUAUCACAUUUUCUUGCUUGACAUGCUCAAUCACCUUGUGUGAUCAUUGAGCUGCCCUAAACCUCUUUCUUUUCACCGUCCAUAAAAAAAAAACGUAACUACAUAAAGACCGUGCGUCAGAUCUCAAGCUUGAUUUUUUUAACAAUCAUGGCAUUCUCAACAACAGCAGCAAUCCAGCCAUUGUUAGCUUACAAGAUCCUCUGCAGGACUGACUCUUAAAAUGCUUAAAUGGUUCAUUUAUUCACUGUUUUACCUCGCGAAAAACUCUCACUCCAUUACUAAACGAUCUGGAGAUUUUUUGCAUGCGUGAAGCACGAAGGCUUCCUCGUGCUCAAUCUGCGCAGAACCCGACGGGGAUGGUUCUUGCAGACAGACCGGCGGCAAGGGUGGCAACUUCCGCGUGCUGUUCUUAG